AACAGUUCGCUGUCUUCAAACUGUGAUUCAGGUUUAGGAAGGAUGAUGCUGCAAUCCCGUAUCCAUGCUCGCCCGGCGACACGUAUCGCGGCGCGCCCGGCACGCCACCAUGCUUUGAAGACCCAAGCACUGUUUGGCUUUGGUGGCGCUAAAACUGCAGAGCCGUCGACAAGCGAAUUUUACAGCUUCACCGUUAAGGACAUCGAUGGCAAGAGCUUCCCGCUAUCGACCUUGAAAGGCAAGGCUGUUUUAGUCGUCAACCUCGCUUCGCAGUGCGGCUUCACGCCCCAAUACAACGAGCUGCAGGCCAUCUAUGAUAAGUUUGGCAAGCAGGGCUUUACCGUUCUGGGCUUCCCCUGCAACCAGUUCGGCGCACAGGAGCCCGGCUCCAACCAGUCAAUCAAGGCCUUCGCCAAAUCCCAGUACGGAGUGACCUUCCCGCUGAUGUCCAAGGUGGACGUGAAUGGCCCUGGAGCUGAGCCUCUGUUCAACUGGCUCAAGACGCAGAAGGGCGGUGUUAUGGGUAAUGACAUCAAGUGGAACUUCAGCAAAUUCCUGGUGGACAAGGAGGGUGUUGUGGUGGGCAGGUAUGCGUCCACGGCCACUCCGGGUUCCUUGGAGGGCGAUAUCCGCAAGGCCCUGGGGGCAUGAGGCUCCACCACUUUGAGGAGCCGUCACGGGAUGGAGUUGUCUGCCGGGAAGAGCGGCUGGCUCCUUCCCCGCUGGGCCAUAUCAUAUGGGGACUGGAGUGGAUAGAAAUCCACUGAGUGGAUAUGGAAUGUGGUAGUUUUGGGAUUUUGCAUUUACUGAGAGAUGUUGCCAAUUGCACCGUUAUGUUGUCCAGGUCUAGGGGUUUGUGUCUCGUCGAGAUGAACGAAGGAGGGGUGGUGAAGCAUGAAAAAAAGGGCUGAGAGACGAGUGAGGUGUGUGUGUGUGUGUGUGUGUGAGUACAGAUGGUCAUAGCAGGUAACAUUGCAAUGAUGACGCGGAGGGGAAUGUGUUGCGCGUGUGAUGAAAUGUUGGACAUGUCCAGCGCAGGAAGCAUUUACAUGAUAUGUGCGUGCCGUACAUUUUCUGCACGUACAAGAUCCGGCUCGCGUCGUGGCUUCGACGACUGUCAUGAUGGCUAAACGUUUAUAUAUUGCACAAUACCAGCCAGUGAGUAACAUGCCUUUAAAACUAAAACCUCACCUGUGUGAUAGCUAAACUAUAAUGACGGGAAAGAUUGUGGCAAGUCAACUGCUCCAAACUUCCAAAGGAAGCCGAACGUCUCAAAUGCAACCAACAACCGUGGAAACGUCCACUCCGUGGACUAGUAUGCCAUCAGUACUAAUUUAGCGUGUCAAGUCAUAUGUUUGACGCGUGUAUGUUUGUAUUUUUAACAAAGUAGUCUAUUUCCACAUGCACUUCACCAACUUGCUCGGCAAAACAACUCCAAAAACUGCCUUCCGUUUCCACUCAAGAGUGCAGGUCGAAGAACAGAACUAUCCGCGACGGCUGAU